AUGAAACUCGUCUCACCGGUUCAGAUUCUUCAUGGGAACAGCACCAUUAAUCCGCCACCAGCCUGCAAUUCCACCCACAAUGUCACAGCUGUCGUCUUCUCUUCAAAAGGGUUCACAGGGGCUGUUAUAGGGCUUAAAUACCAUAACAAUCUAGCCCUCAACAUUACUGAUAUUCCAGGAGGUUAUUCCAUGUUUGAUUUCAAGCACUUCUUGAAAGUAUCAUACAAUCUGAAAAUAAACCACGUGUCCGAGAUUAAAACACCGGUGCUGAUGCUUAUAUCACGUCGUAAUUCAAGAAGGUUUUUGAACGAAAAUGAAAUGGUGGAGAUGAUGGAGGGACUAGGCUUUCGAGUCACAAGGGCGGAACCUGAGAGGAUGUCGAACUUGGAUGAAUUCGCUGAGGUGUUGAACUCAUGCAGUGUCAUGGUUGGAGCCGAUGGUGCUGGUCUAACAAAUGAGAUAUUUUUGCCCACAGGUGCAGUGAUGGUUCAAGUGGUGCCAUUGACACUUGAAUGGGCGGCAACCAAUUACUUUGGUGAACCAGCAAAUGCGAUGGGGCUUCGAUACUUGAAGCUUGAACAGAACCUUGAUGCUUUGAAAACUGCAGUAGCCGAAUUGGACCAUCUUAGGAAUGAUGAGAUGAACCAGGUCAGAAUCGCUGAAGAACAGCAACAACUUAAGCGGCUCAACCAAGUUGAGGGUUGGCUUUCGAGGGCCUCAACCGUGAUAAACGAAGCUGAUCUACUGAUUGCUGAAAGUCCUUGGCAAAUUAAAAAAUCAUGUAUGGGAGGUUGGUGUACCUUGCAUCCCAAGUCAAGUCUCAAGUUCGGGAAGCAAAUUGCAGAAAUGUACCAAGAGGUGAAGGAGCAGCAUAGCAAAGGAGUUUUCAUUCCCGUGGCUGACAAGGCACCGCUUCCUGUGGCUACUAAACGACCUACUGUGUCGACUGUGGGUUUAGAUUCCACCUGCAAUAAUCUUUGGAGGAUUGUGUCACAAGAUCUGCAAAUUGAGAAAGUCCAAGAAGAGAUUGGCAAAACGAUAGGAUUUUUGGAUGAGGCUUGGAAGCACAGGAGAAUUGAUGAGAAAGCUGCAGACAUCUUCAACAAAUUAUGUGAAAAGAAGUUUGUACUGUUGUUGGAUGAUAUUUGGGAUCUAACGAGAAUCGGGGUACCUCUCCCGACUCAAAAGAACGGCUCGAAAAUCAUCUUCACCGCUCGCCUUAUCGAGGUGUGCUUUCAAAUGGAAGCACAUAAAAAGAUCAAAGUGGAGUGUUUACAGCAAGCAGAGGCGUUGAAACUAUUUUUGGACAAGGUUGGAGCAGAAACACUUGAUAGACAUCCAGAUAUUCGCAAGUUAGCCGAAACAAUGGCAGAGGAGUGUGGCGGACUAUCGCUUGCACUCAUUACAAUUGGGCGAGCCAUGUCCUCCAAGAAGACCCCUGGAGAAUGGAAAUAUGCCAUGAAGGCCUUAAGGCAAUCAGCUGCCUCUGUUUUCCCAGGGAUAGGGAAAAAGAUGUUUCCUCAGUUAAAAUUCAGUUACGACUGUUUACCUGAUGAAAGGGUGAGAUCUUGUUUCUUGUAUUGUUGUUUAUUCCCAUCAGGUUUUCCCAUUAGAAAAAGUGAGCUAAUCCAUUGUUGGAUCGGGGAAGGAUUGUUGGACCAUCUUGUAAGCAGUGUCCGAAACCAGGGAGAGUACAUCUUAGGUUCUCUUAUUGACGCAUGCUUAUUAGAGGAUGUAAGAAGCGACAUCGUAAAGAUGCACGAUGUGAUCCGCGACAUGGCUUUGUGGAUAGCUAGUGAAUCCGAGAAGAAUAAAUUCUGCGUAAAAGCAGGUAUGCAAUUAAAGGGACAACCUGUAGCAGAAAACUGGGAAGACGUACGAAGAGUGUCGCUCAUGGGAAAUCAAAUCGAAAGUCUAACUCAGGUAUUUGUGUGCCCCAAUCUCCUAACUUUAUUCCUAGGGAAGAACGAGUUGAAGGUGAUCAUCAACGAUUUCUUCAAUUUCAUGCCUAUGCUAAAGGUUUUGGAUUUGUCCUUUAACAUUAAUUUGGAUGAAUUGCCUGUUGGAAUUGCAAAGUUGGUUUCACUAGAACAUCUCGAUCUGUCUUACACAGGACUAAAAACACUUCCUGUCGAGUUGAAGGUCCUAGAAAAGCUGAAGUAUUUGAAUAUCGAGCACACAUCGAAUUUAAAAACAAUCCCACCACAACUGAUAUCCAAUGUCUCUAAGUUGCAAGUAUUGAAAAUGGUGGGGUCUGGUUAUGAAUGGUUGGUGGAGGAAGUCGAGUGUUUAGCUUAUUUGAAUGUAUUGACCAUUAGUAUUGAAAGCCUUUCUAUGUUGGAAAGAGCUAUGAUGUCCCUCAAGUUGCAGAGCUGUAAUGUUGAAGCUGUAAUCCUUAAGUUGCUCAAAGGUUCAAGGUUUUUGAGCAUUUCGGCUUUAGCAAAUAUACAACCUCUGGAUUUUCUAGGAGUCUAUGAUUGUGAAGAUCUUGAAGAAGUGAAGAUUGAACGCGCAGAGAUUGCAAGUGCAGGAUGGUUUCGCAGCGUUACGCUUAUAAAACUAGCUCGUUGCCCGAAAUUGAAGGAUGCAACAUGGAUAUUCUUUGUUCCACAUUUGGUUAAAAUGGCCAUACAUGAAUGCCAAGAUUUAGAAGAAGUCAUCAGUGAGGAUAAACUCAGUGAAGACGACAAGCUGACGGAAAAUUCAAACUUAUUUUCGGAGCUCGAGGCUUUCGAUCUACAAAAACUGCCAAAACUGAAGACAAUAUACCGGGAUGCGCUGCCUUUUCCACAGCUGAAGGAAGCAAUAAUAAAAGAAUGCCCCAAGUUGAGGAAGCUUCCGCUAAACUCCGAGAGUGCAGAGGGACAGAAGAUUGUGAUUCAAGGAGAGGAGUGGUGGAAAAAUGUAGAAUGGGAGGAUGAAUGUACUCGAUAUCAUUUCCUUCACUCUUUCCAUCCAAUAUAUCUGUGA